AAUGCUGGAUGUGGAGAGGGGAAGCAGGAACAGGCGACGAGAGAGGGAGAGGGGGGAGACAGGCAGGAGCGAAAAAACACACUGUAACUACUCCUCGCUCUACAACUGAAAUAACGGAUUAUAUACCUACUGCUUACAGCUUCCCCCGCCGGUAAAGUUAGCGCAAACCUCCCGGACGUCCCCUGGAACAAGUCAACUAACUUGGAGCAGUGGAAAAGAAGAGUGACCUACUGCCACUAAACUCGUCGCCACACAGUCACAUGGAGUGAAUGUGGAAUAUUUCCAGGAUUGCCUACUACACCGAAUAUGACCGACACCUAGCAGCAGCAGCAGUGUCAGCAGGGAAAACCAUGGCGACGGCCUACCUAGACCCCAACCUGAACCAUGCCCUCCUGGGAGGAGCCAAAUCAAGGCUGAGCGCGGGGGGGUCGGACCGAACCAUGGCCGGCUCCGUGGACAGGGUUCUUAAAGUCUACCACCACUUUGAGACCAACACUGAAAACAGCUGCUGGUCCUCCAACAUCAGAUAUGGCGAUGCAACUGAUGUCAGAGGAAUCAUCCAGAAGAUUCUGGACAUUCACAAAGUGCGCUGGACGUCUUGUUUUGGCCUGCGUCUCAGCAACAGCCAAUCCAGAGACCAGGUGCACUGGCUCCACCCCGAUAUGGGUGUGUCCCACAUCAGAGAGAAUUACGAACAGGCACGACCAAACGAGGAGUGGAGGUAUGAAUUAAGGAUCCGGUAUCUUCCAAAGGGCUUUGUGCAGCAGUUUAUGGAAGACAAACCUACACUCAACUACUUCUACCACCAGGUGAAGAAUGACUACAUGACAGAGAUUGGGCAUCAGGUGGAACAAGAUGUAGCUCUCAAGCUGGGCUGUCUAGAAAUCAGGAGGUUCUUCAAGGAGAUGAGGGGAAAUGCCUUGGACAAGAAAUCCAACUAUGAACUACUGGAGAAAGACGUUGGUUUGAGGCGUUUUUUCCCAAAAGACCUGUUGGAUUCAGUCAAGGCUAAAACUCUUCGUAAGUUGAUUCAGCAGACGUUUAAGCAGGUAGCCAACCUCAACGAUGAGCAGUGCAUCCUGAAGUUCUUGGAGAUACUUGCACCAAUUUACCGCUACGACAAGGAGUGCUUCAAAUGUGCCCUCGGGUCCAGCUGGGUGAUCCAGGUGGAGUUAGCUAUCGGGCCAGAGGAAGGGAUCAGCUACCUCACUGACAAGGGAUCCACGCCCACCCAUCUAGCUAACUUCAACCAAGUUCAGUCUAUCCAGUACUCGGCUAUGGAGGAGAAGGACAGGAAAGGGAUGCUACAGCUCAAAGUAGCCGGAGCUGCUGAGCCUCUCACAGUUACAACAGCAUCAUUGACCAUGGCAGAGAACUUGGCUGACUUGAUUGACGGUUACUGUCGGCUCGUCUCCAUGGAAACUCAUUCCUUCAUUGUCAGAGUUCAGAAAGAGGGAGAAAGAGCACUGCCUUCCAUCCCAAAAGUGUCCAAUAAUGAGAAAAAGUUAGAAGCAGUCAGGAGUGGAGUAAGAGCUAUCUCUGUCUCAGACCUAGUGACAUCGACACCUCCUAAGCCAACCAAGGCACGGCGUUUCCUCCUCCCCUUUGUCUUCUGUUCAGAUUCGCCGCCCAAUGAAGAUCUUAGCGGGGAUGAGACUGAUGACUAUGCAGAGAUAGUUGAUGAAGAGGACACAUACACCAUGCCCUCCAUCAGCUAUGGAGUAGUUGAAGCACGGGAUUAUGAGAUCCAGAGAGACAGGAUAGAGUUAGGCCGCUGUAUAGGAGAGGGUCAGUUUGGAGAUGUACACCAAGGAGUCUACAACAGCCCGGACAAACCAGCUCUACCUGUCGCCAUUAAGACCUGUAAGAACUGUACAUCAGACAGCGUCAGAGAAAAGUUCCUACAAGAAGCAUUAACAAUGCGUCAGUUUGACCACCCUCACAUCGUCAAGUUGAUCGGAGUGAUCACAGAAAACCCUGUGUGGAUUAUCAUGGAGCUCUGUACUCUCGGAGAGUUGCGUUCAUUCCUUCAGGUGAGGAAGUACAAUUUGGAUUUGGCCACUCUCAUUCUGUUUGCCUACCAGCUCAGCACAGCACUGGCAUAUCUGGAGAGUAAACGCUUUGUACACAGGGACAUAGCGGCACGCAAUGUGUUGGUCUCCUCAGUCGACUGUGUGAUGCUCGGAGACUUUGGUCUGUCACGAUACAUGGAGGACAGCUCUUACUACAAAGCUUCUAAAGGUAAACUUCCUAUCAAAUGGAUGGCUCCUGAGUCUAUCAACUUCAGAAGAUUCACUUCUGCCAGUGAUGUCUGGAUGUUUGGUGUGUGUAUGUGGGAGAUCUUGAUGUUCGGCAUCAAGCCUUUCCAGGGGGUGAAGAACAAUGACGUGAUUGGCAGGAUAGAGAACGGCGAGCGAUUGGCUAUGCCUCCUCAGUGCCCACCCACACUCUACAGUUUGAUGACCAAAUGUUGGUCGUAUGACCCCAGCAAGCGACCGCGAUUCACCGAACUCAAAACACAGCUCAGCACCAUACUGGAGGAAGAAAAGCUUCAACAAGAGGAGAGACUUCGAAUGGAGAUGAGGAGACAAGUCACUGUGUCCUGGGACUCUGGAGGGUCCGAUGAAGCGCCGCCUAAACCCAGUAGACCAGGUUACCCCAGUCCUCGUUCCAGUGAAGGCUUUUUCUCCAGCCCCCAGGUCAACCACUUCCCGCUGUCAGCCCACGGUGGUAUAGGAGGAGUAGGGGGCAGUUACCCUCCUACUGAUUCCUGGAAUCAACACAGACCUGAACACACAGCCCUGUGGAGCCCAAACAUGGAGGACAGUGGAUGUGUAGGCCACGCUAUGAUGGAGGAGAGGCUGAUGAUGCAGCAGCAACAGAUGGAGGACGACCAGCGGUGGCUGGAGCAGGAGGAGAGCUUCAUGAAGACAGAGUCUAGAAACAGCAGAGGAAGCAUCGACAGAGAGGAUGGCACACUACAAGCACCGGGAGGAAGCCAACAUAUCUACCAGCCUGUAGGGAAACCAGAACACGUGGCUCCUCCUAAGAAACCGCCCCGCCCUGGAGCUCCUGCUCACCUGGGGAACCUGGCAGGUCUCUGCCCCAUGGACAGCUACAACGAGGGGGUCAAGCCGUGGAGGUUGCAGCCACAGGAGAUCAGCCCGCCCCCCACCGCCAACUUGGAUCGUUCCAAUGACAAGGUCUAUGAGAAUGUGACAGGAUUGGUUAAAGCUGUGAUCGAGAUGUCCAAUAGGAUUCAGCCUGCAGCCCCGGAAGAGUAUGUCCCAAUGGUCAAGGAGGUGGGUCUGGCGCUGAGGACUCUGCUAGCGACAGUGGAUGAGACACUUCCUGUGCUGCCAGCCAGCACACACAGAGAGAUUGAGAUGGCCCAGAAGUUGUUGAAUUCAGAUCUGGCUGAGUUAAUAUCGAAGAUGAAACUGGCCCAACAGUAUGUCAUGACAAGUUUACAAAAGGACUACAAGAAACACAUGCUAAUGGCAGCUCACGCCCUCGCAGUCGACGCCAAGAACCUGCUGGAUGUCAUCGACCAAUCACGACUCAAGAUGAUCAGGAUUUAAUCAAAACGAGAGGGGGUGUGGCCCCGGGAGUUUCUGUUGCUGUGGAGAUGGAGAAGCUCUCGGCCAAUCACAAAGAGAACAUUUAGAUGGAUGUCAGUGACGGACGGAUAAAAAACAUGAACUGAUGGACAGCAGACAUGACUGAGGGAAACUAUCGCCCCCCUCUUCGCCUCCCUUAAACAUUCACAGUUUCCUUUUUCCUCUCUCUCUCUGGUGACGCUCAUGUUUUGGGUCAAUAUCUGUUGUUUUGUACUUUUGUUGCAUUAUUUGCUUUUUGUAUCCAGAGAAACGCUCUUCUACCCCAUCACGUACCCUCAAAGAUGAUUUUUUUUUUUUUUAAAUCAUCCAUUAUUUCUUUUUAAUUUUUAAGUGAAUCACACAAAGGUUUCAGAGGACUGCAGAGAUGUUUCGGAGAAGGGACGCACCGAAAUCUGCCACAUAGACACGACUAACUCGCUCCACAUAUGCAGGAUGUAACAACUGGAACUGAAGAGCCAGGAUGAGGACGAUAAUGAAGAUGAUAUGAUAAUGUUGUUGUUUAAACAUGCUUUUUAUAUCAUUUUUUAUUAUUAUUAUUAUUAUUAUUACUAUUACUAUUUUCAGCCUUGAGUCUCACAGUAUGUCACUGUCAGUGUUUCAGUCUUCCUCUUACAUUGUAUAGGCAAAAGUCUGGAUUUACAGCUCCUCAUAAAUGUCAUAUUUUCAUCUCUUUUUUUCUUCUUCUCUCUUGAUCUCGGACAUCAAGAGAUGGCAUACAAAUGAAAUAUGAAAGUAAAAUUUUGAAGAACAAACUAAAUGUCACAGGCCACUUUUUUAAGUUAACAUCCAUAGUAAAUACACAAAGAAGCUAUAUUUUUAACAUGUUUCUGAGGCAUGAAUUGUUGGUGAAUAAGGGGAGAGGGAAGAACAUGUGGAAGUGAAGGGAGAGAGGUGGAGGGAGGGUGGUUUUUUAAAUUACAAUGGAGGUGCUAAUUAUACUGUACAGCAGGUCACCCUGUGCCAAAUGAACUGCAGUUGACUAAAAAGGAUCAUUUCACACUUAAAUGCUCUGUCAUUGGUUUACUCAGUAAUUCAAGAGCAGCUUUUGCAGCAACUCACCUGUCAUUUUUGCAUCUUUUUCUUCAGAAAUGUCAAAUUCAUGUUGGUUAGUUUAAUGCUUGCUUUAUACAUUGAAGGCUUGCUGUGUUGUGGCAUCCGUCAUGUUGUGGGUUCCUUCUGUCCCAUUUGUCUUUACACAAAUGGUCACUCGACAAGAUGCAGUGCAAGCUUUCACUUACACCCGCUUUGUCAAAUUUCCUUCGGUUUAAUCGAUCCAAGAAAUUGGAUUUUCAGGGACAUCUUCAGAGUAGAAUUCAACAUUAAUAAUAAUCUGUAAAGCUUUUUAGGGGGUCGAUUACAGAGUUUAACCUGAACACUUCCUAAAAACAACAGCGACAGAUACACACCGAAAACGCUCUUUAUCUCUCCUCCAUCAGUCCUCCUGUUUUCAUUUCUACCUCCCUCCACUGGAGUUAUUUAUACCUUUUACUCCCCUCUCUUCUCCUGCUCUGUCACCCCUACAUUUUCUCCCUCUGUUAACCAUCCCUCCCUGCGGCUUCCUCUCCUCCCUCUCUGAUUCCCUCUCCAUUCCACUGUUCCCUUUCCCCUGAGGUGAGCAGUAUUCUCAGGAAGGAGCCACAUGUAUAGUUGCUAAACCAAGCAAAUAAAACACUGUUAUCAUUAUGAAAUA